UUCGGUUGGCAGCACUGACAACUGACAUACGCACUAAACAACAUAACUUUAAAUUUUCACCAAAAAUAACAAGAAAAAACUAUUAUUACUCAUUUUUAUUUUACUCAGUAAUGAGUCGAAGGUAUUACUGUGACUAUUGCGAAAAAAGCUUUAUAGAUGAUCUUGAUGCCAGAAAAAAGCACUUGCAAAGUUCUAAUCAUAUAAAAUUAAGGCAUAUGCAUUAUGAAGCUUGUAGAGAUCCUGAAACUACAUUAAGAGAAGAAUUGUUGAAAGUAUCAUGUAGAAGAUUUUUUCAAGGCGGCUGUCCCUUUGAAGGUAUUUGUCGAUAUACACAUUAUUCUCCAGAACAGUUGUGCGAACUUCGACAGCUAGUUGAAAAUAUUCAAGAGAACAGAAGACGCAUGAAAGAGGCCCAACCUGAAAUCCCUUCACCAGAAACAUGGAUUCAAAAGUAUAAUGAAGAUAACAAUAAACAAGACUCUAAUGAUGUGCACAUAUUUUGGACUUAUCCUAAACAUUUAGAAAAUAGAAUAGAUUUACCACCAUCUCUUAUAGAAUUUAAGCCUGAACAUUUUUAUGAUGAUAAUUUCGAAGAAUGGGGUAAUUAA